UGUCGACAAGCUUUAAGAUAAUCCUCCACAAUGUCACAACAAUCGGUCUUCAGUUCUUCUGGAUUCGACUUUUCUAACUCUGUUAGAAAUAAAUUCUUUCAGGAGAAGGGCGUUCCCCUUCCAAAGGCUACCAGCACUGGUACCACGAUCGUAGGCUGUCUCUUCAAAGAUGGCAUUAUCCUUGGUGCCGACACGCGUGCCACAGAGGGUGAAAUAAUUGCAGACAAGAAUUGUGAAAAGAUCCACUACAUAACAGAAUCAAUCCGGUGCUGUGGUGCGGGUACUGCUGCAGACACUGAGUUCACCACCGCUUCGAUAUCAUCAAAUAUGGAACUCCAUGCUCUGUCCACUGGGAGAAAGCCAAGAGUGGUCACUGUGAUGACUAUGUUGAAACAAUACCUUUUCCAAUACCAGGGCCAUGUCGGAGCUGCUCUUGUCCUUGGCGGAGUUGACUCUACUGGGCCACAUCUUUUUACCAUCCAUCCACAUGGGUCUACAGACAAGUUGCCCUACGUGACCAUGGGCUCCGGAAGCUUGGCAGCCAUGGCUGUUUUUGAAAGCAGCUGGAAGCCAAACAUGGAGCGCAACGACGCUCUGGCCCUAGUGUCUGCCGCCGUCUCAGCUGGUAUCUUCAACGACCUUGGUUCAGGGUCCAACGUUGACGCGUGUAUCAUUACCGCCACGCAAACCGAGAUGCUUCGCAAUUUUGUCAAGCCCAACGAGCGGGUAGAGAAGGAACGCCAUUACACAUUCAGAAGAGGGACCACGGCAUGGAAGAGCGAAAACAUAAGAGACUUGAUCGUUAGCGAAGACAUUACGCUUGUAGGCGCCACCGGUGAUGCCAUGGACACUAGCUAGACGAGAUUGACAAAUGACACUUGGAUUCCUUGCACGCAGACAAGAUUCGGUUAUGCGGCAUUGUUUUGAUCUUUCCCUUCGUCCUGUGAAUGGUUGAUUUUGUGCUGACGUUCGCUGUUCUUGCUCGGUCGUACAAUUUGAAGACUCAGGACAGUAAUCUUUGGGUGCGUCGAUCGUUUCCACGGUCCGAUUAUUCGCUCUCUCAACUCUAUACUAUCGAUGGUUUUCAUGUUAUUUCUGCUCGUUAACUGAGACAGGCGCGAAAAGGUGGACGUUUGUGCUGCUCUGUUCAUGAGUACAUAAUGAUUCAUGGUCGAUGCAUCCCUGACUCCAAC